UAAUUAAUCGAAUAAUUUAAUUAUCAAGGGUGGGUAGAAUGAUGAUUGGUAAUUUGGACUGUUCGGAAAAGGCAUAAAAACCACACGACACAAGGUACAUUUCAGUAAGUGAAGCGCUUUGGACACCAUGCAAAUCUCUACGGUUAUUGUACUGAACGUGGUGAGUUUAUUUUUGAACGUUUUGGCUGACGCGGAAACCAUAAAGUACUUUAAGGUAGACCGCAUGAUCAACUGCGAACCUGCCGAUCAGUUUCCUCUGGUAAUGUUACCGGAUUAUGGCGUAACCAACCAACCGAAUGAGAAUUUUUUCAACUGCACACUGCGCAUCAGAGAGCGAAUUGAGGGUCCUUUGAAGUACAAUGCAAGCAUCCAACGGUGUGAGAUGGAUCUUUCAAAGUGUGAAUUUUUCAAUACCAUCGAGACGGAUGAGUUGUGCGAGUACUUUGAGGACGCUGGGUUUAAGGAUCGUUUCCUUAACAGCAUUUCGCAACCCCUAACGUGCCCAACUAGGCCGGGAGAUUAUCAGUUUAUCAACACCAAGUGGGAUCUGUCAGCGAUCGUCAAUCUGCCGGGCAGUGCAUACCGUUGGAAUAUCGUUACCCGCGUGUCGCAAGUGUCAACCGGGCGAAUAAUUUUUUGUACGGAAAUGAUGGCAAGGAUUGUGGUGAUUAGAAAGAAGAGUAACAGGAUUAAACAUUGAGGCGUGUGACCCGGUAAUCAACGACCCAUCUGGAUGGUUCUGCACAGGCGCAGGAUUGUUCCAAAUUGUAUACCAGAUUUAAAAACAAUAACCCAGAAAUAUAUAAGAUUUUCAA